AUGCCAUUCACAAAGUUCGCGGAGCUCCCUCCCGAACUCCGCCUCAAGAUCUGGGAUGAAGCAACAGCCGGACCGUCGAUACAUAUUUUUGACGUCUGUUUUGCGUCCUGGCGCGGUACCGAUCGAAGCAGACGGGCUUUCCAAUCCGCAGACGGCAAGAUUUCAGAGCAGAACCACGCCAGAUGGACAAAGUACAGAGAGUGUGUCUUCUUGGACGCCCUUGAAACGGGUCCGGCGGAGCUUGCGCGGCGGACGAGGAUUGCGAGACACAUGCAUGAUCCAUCCGUAUACAAACAACGGCAAACGAUGCGGUUAGUGUGUUCUGAAGCCUCGGCGGCUGUGGAGAGGCGGUUGAGGGGGACGAACUUGAACUCCGUCUACCUCCCCGGUCGGAACCAGAAAAUACACUACGACAACGAAGAAGAUGUGCUGCUGUUGCGUUUCGGAGACGGCGGUGCCCUCACGGAUCUCUGCCACGGGGUUUUGUCUGGCGAAUAUGAGGCGUCGGGAGUGAACAACUUGACCGAGGUGCUUGAAGGGCCGUGGAGCGCCGAGAUAGCGGAGACGUUACGUGAUGCGCGACUCAUCGCUUUGGAUAUCGCGGAGACGUGGACGCCGGCAACAGUUGGGGCGGUGGUGUUUGAAGAGGUGGCGUACCUGGCAUGUUGUAUACAACGGGGACUCCGAGUGCUGUACUUGGUCGAUCACUGUCACGGCCGGUGUACUCGAUGCAAGAAACAGGAUAUCACGAGAUCUCAGCUCCAGACCCGCGGCGAACUAUAUUACCAGCUUCACAGUCGAGACAGAGAUGCGGCUAUAUCACGGGUGGCGGACGUAAUCCAUGGCGUGGGAAAGACGUAUCGGGAGGUGUUUAAUUUGGAGGGCAUGGGUUGGUCGGACGAGCACCCGAUCUACGUGUCUGCGAGGGUUAUGGACGAGAUGAUCAGGAGCCAGCAGACAGACGCUGCUACGCAGGAUUUCGAGGGAAUCAGGGUGCUACUGGUGGAAGACGAUGAGUUGGAGGGCGUGGACAACACGACGGUAAUGGACUGUUAUCCGGAUAGCCGUUCAGAGGUCGCCAAUGAGGGCGUGGACAUGAGCCUGCGAUAG